AUGUUUAUCGAUAUUAGCGAGAUGCUUACAAAGGCUUAUAAUAGCAUAAUAAUCAAAGCCGUUAACGAUACCGCCGGGCUAGCAGGCUUAGUACUUACUCUUUUUGUAUUUGGUGCUUACUUUCGCAUAACUCACUUAGAUCUACUAGCCUUUUUUACUAUUAUUAAAGCAGAAGCUAUUAAAAAGGCUAUGUCGGAAGUAAGAAGAUUGCAAGCUAUAAGACAAGUGGCAGACGCUUUAAAUAUACGCAACGGACCUUUUACGAUUAAGACGCUAGCUCUCUUCUUGUAA